AUGCCAACUUCUAUCGUCUCCCCACGCCGACAGCCCCAGCGGCUCUCCGGAAUCAUACUGCCGGCUGUGCUUUUCCGAGGCCAAUGUGGAACCGUUGAUAAGCGGUACCCAUUUGCCGCCACCGAACCAGCUCCUGCUGGACCUGAUCCGGCGCCACGUGGCCAUCCGGCUCGACCCGGGACGCCUCAAUGUGGCAUUUGUGGUGCCUGCCGGAUGAUGCUGGAGGAGUUCCAGCGUUUCCGGGAGCGUUGCCUCAAGUGUGACUACGUGCUAACCGGCGAGCUGCGCAACGAUAACGGUGAAAGGGAGGACGAGGACGACCUCGAGCAGGAAAAGAUGUGCCACCAGUGCCGGAUGGCGUUCACGACGGUGGCGGAGAUGAAAACCCACUUCCAGGUGGUCCAUAACCUGGAGCAGAAGUACAAAUGUGCGCAGUGUCCGUUGAAGUUUACCACGGCAAAGCGGCUUGAGUUGCACCGUAAGAUUCACGACUCGGAGCACCCGUUCCGGUGCCAUUUGUGCACCGCUGAUUUCAAGACGAACGGACUGCUGAAGCGCCAUCGCGAAAAGUGGCACGAAAUUCAGCGGGUGUUUGAGUGUCUGCAGUGUCCGCGAGUUUUCGUCACGGAGAUUCACCUGCAUCUACACACCAAGAGCAUGCACGUUCCGGCCAAUCUGACGGGCGAAUCACUGAAGGAGGUUCCGGCGGCGGCUCCACCGGCGAAAAAGGCAAAGAAAAGGAAAGCGGAGUCGAAUGCGUCCGCGGAAGUUGCGCCCGUUCCCCCGUUGGCGCCUCUAGGGAGCGUGGCUGCACCACCUGCGGCCCAACCGACGUCCAACGAGAAUAACAAACCAUUUCAAUGUUCAACCUGUUUUAAUCGGUUCCACUUUGUGGGAUCGGUCAAACGGCACACUCGCGAUGUGCACAACAGACAGGCCAAUCCCGCAGAAUGCACACCACUUGUCCCGGUACACCCGGCGAUCGCGGCGCCAGAGCCGGAACCGGUUGCUGCUUUACCACUGGGAACGGACUUUUAUCAAAUUGAAACAGUUCAACCAGCGGACAUUUACCAGAUUGAGCCAGUCGUCGUUCAUGAACCGGUGGACAGCAUCGUUCCGGAUGUCGCCGUUGAGCCCACCAUUCCGAAGCAGGAACCGUUCGUGCACUAUCCGGGAACAAUGCCCUGUCUGGUUUACUUGGAGCGCCUCGACGAAAGCAUCAUUCCGCCGAUCGAAAACUACGAAAUCCCAGUUGGAAAGUUCUAUUUCCACACGCGACAAAAGAAAGUUCUACUUCAAGAGCCGCCGGAGGAGCUCCUCGCGGAUGACGAGCUGGCCCAGCUCUAUCCUGGCUUUGUGCAGGGUCAAAACCGUCGAGUUUAUACGUGCGACAUCUGCUACAAAGAGCUCCAAACUCCGGAGGGACUGAAACGGCACAAGCUCCGCCACAAGAGUGAGUACGAUUUCCACUGCGAAGAAUGCGGGCGCGGUUUUUGCGACAAGGGCAGCCUCGACCGGCACCUGCAUCUGCACACCAACGAUUUCCCGCACAAGUGUGACGAGUGUCCGCUCGGGUUCGUGCGGCCCCAGCUGCUGGCCAAGCACAAGGAGCGCUUCCACGGGCCGAACGCGACGGAACAGCUGAAACUGCACUUUUGUCCGAUCUGCCAGCGUGCCUUCGGCAAACGGACCGGUCUGAGCAAUCAUUACAAGCAGUACCAUCCGGAACAGACGGAACCACUGCCGGAGGACUCUCAGGCACAGCAACCGCAGCAGGCAAUGGAGGUUGACGAGGAGGGAGCAUCAGCUCUGAUGGUGGACGAAAGCCUGCUAAUGGAUGAUAAAACGGCCCUCUUGGGAAUGCUGCUGUGAGUUUUGUGUUUUCGAUGAAUCACUUCUAAUCUUUUCCAGUUUGUAUUGUGUUUGUAUGCAUUUUUCCUUUAAUCAGCAUUCAAUAAAUAGUGGCAACCAAA